GCGCAGGUCUGCGCAGGCGCAGAUGGUCGCGCGGGGGUGGCAUGGCUGUGAGCUGAGGUCGCUGGGUGCCGCGGCGGCCCUGAUGGGUUGCGGAGGCUUCUUUUCAUUUCCCUUCCUUUCCCCCGGCUUCUCAGUGUGAUUUUCUUGGCCAUUGAACAGAUACUUCUCAAAAAUGACCUUGGAAGGAUUCUCCUGAUUUCUUCACAUCAGAUUGGGUUUCUGUUUUCCAAAACGUUUUAAACCCAUAGAUUUAGAUGUGGGUUUCCGUCUAGAUCUGUUUAUACCACUGUGGCCCUUUGUUUCUCCUUUCAGUAUGUUGCUUUUCUACCCCCUUGGUUAGCAUAUGUAGAGAAAACAUUUGGGGGUCACUGUGAAUAUACCUGCUAAAAUUUUAACUGAGGGAUUGUGGAAUAAUGCCGCUAUCCAAGUGGAUGGUUACUGGCCAAGGUUUCAAAAAAAUUUUUCAUUUUGUUCUUGCUGAAUUUUGGAUGUAGGGCCUCAGGCUGGUAGCCUAGCGCUCUACCCAGCAGCAAGUGUCCUAAUUUAAAGGAACUCUUGUGAACUAUUUAUGUCAAUCUAGUGUCUACUAGAGCCAUGCUUAAUACUUUCUUAUUGUAUAUUGAGUUUAUGUCACAGUGGAGCUGUUACAUCGUUUGGAAAAGGAACUUUCUUGGUUUAAAUGUUUGGUCUGUAAUUCUGCUUGCCCUUUGAAACUAUGUUUGGAUCAAAUACAUUCCUAAUUUUUUAAUAAUUUCCUCAAAAUGACAGUAUUACUCCAGAAAAUGCGAAUGACUAACCUUAUGACCGCAGGGAAUUAGUAAUAAUAUAUCUCUUUGGAGAUCAGCAUGAAUGGCUUUUAUGCUUUGCAUAAAUGGCUCAGUAAGUAUUUUAGGACCUCGCAGACUAGGUGAUUUCACGUCACAGCUACUCAGCUCUCCUGUUCUCUCCCAAAAGGGGCCACAGACAGUGGACAAAUGAACAUAUGAAUCCACAAAUGACCAAAUUUUGUUUCUGUGAAAUUUAAUUUAUAAGAACAUGAUUGCCAGAAUUUGGCCUGUGAAAUGUAGUUUGCACAGACCUUCAGUGUAAAUGGUAUACACUGUUGCACCUGAGCAAAUUAACAUUUUAUUUUGCUAAGGAUUAUUUUAAUCUAUUUAAACAAGUGUAGACUGGGAAAUAAAUAAGACAAGUAGAAGGAAAGUAAACCACUUGUAAAGAUAGGUGCUUUGAAAUAUUUUUUAAUGUUGCAGAAUUGAGAUGAGUACUUUAAAAGUUUUUCAGUUAAGUACUUAGACCAUUAGGAUAUCAAAGGUGGACAACUACAAAAGCUUGGUUGUUUCUGAAAGUAAUAGAAAGACAAAGAUUUCCAGGUCUUGCAAACAUUAGGUUUGCUUCAGCAUCAACAAACUGUUCAUGGAAAUUGGUUGCUAUAUGUCUUGUUUACAAGUCAUUGGAGUUAAGCACAGCAUAUACGAGCUGAAAAAUCAAAUAAGGAAAUGAAUGACAUCUUUUGACAGUUCUAAGUUUGCUUGGCUCAAGCCAGUUUUUAAGUUGGCUUGGCAGAAAAGUGAAAAGAGGAUGCUCCACUUUAACCGAUGUCGGCAUCUGAAACAGAUAACACAGAAAUGUUUCUCUGGUCCACAUGCUCAAACGGAGAAGCAUGCACAAUUAUUUCUUUCAAGAAGCUUUGUAGUCACAGAAUUGAGGAAUUCAUGGCAUUCAACCCACUCUCUUAUUGGAGACAAAAAUAUUAUCCUGAUGGGAGCUCCUGGUGCUGGGAAAACAACAGUGGGCAGAAUCCUAGGUCAGAAACUAGGCUGUUGUGUCAUAAAUGUGGAUGAUGAUAUCCUUGAAAAAGCCUGGAAUAUGAGUGUGUCUGAAAAAUUACAGGAUGUUGGUGAUGAGCAAUUUUUAGAAGAGGAAGGAAAAGCUGUGCUAAAUGUCUCUGCCUCUGGAAGCGUAAUUUCCCUUACCGGUUCUAAUCCCAUGCAUGAGGCUAGCAUGUGGCAUCUGAAGAAAAAUGGAAUAAUUGUAUACCUGGAUGUACCUGUAGUAGAUAUAAUUAAUCGCCUAAAAUUAAUGAAGAUAAAUAGGAUUGUAGGUUACAAUUAUGAAACACCUAUUGCAGACUUACUUAAAUUGAGAAGGCAGUAUUACAAAAAAUGGUAUGAUACUCGAGUUUUAUGUGAAAGUGGGGCUUCCCCAGAGGAAGUAGCUGACAAAGUGUUGAGUGCAGUUAAAAGAUACCAAGAUGUUGACUCGGAAACAUUCAUUUCCACAAGGCACUUUUGUUCUAAAGACCAUGCACAGAAAGUUUCAACAAAAUUCUUUAGUGAAGCUGUGAUUGAGGGCUUAGCUUCUGAUGGUGGACUCUUUGUUCCUGAGAAGGAGUUCCCAAAAUUAACUUCUAGGGAAUGGAAAAGCCUUGUAGGAGUGACCUACGCAGAAAGGGCACAAAUACUGUUGGAAAGGUGUAUACAUCCUGCGGACAUACCUGCUGCCAAAUUGGGAGAAAUGAUUGAAACUGCUUAUGGGGAAAACUUUGCCUGUUCAAAAAUUGCCCCUGUUAGACAUCUUUCGGGCAACCAGUUCAUCCUGGAGUUGUUUCAUGGGCCAACAGGAUCAUUUAAAGAUUUGUCUUUACAGCUUAUGCCUCAUAUUUUCGCACACUGUAUUCCACCGAGUUGCAAUUAUAUGAUACUUGCAGCUACUUCAGGAGACACAGGGAGUGCAGUCUUAAAUGGUUUUAGUCGCCUUAAUAAGAGUGAGAAGCACAGAAUAGCUGUCGUCACAUUUUUUCCUGAGAGUGGAGUAAGUGAUUUUCAGAAAGCACAAAUCGUUGGUAGUCAGAAAGAAAAUGGAUGGGCAGUGGGUGUCUCAUCAGAUUUUGAUUUUUGCCAGACAGCUAUAAAAAGAAUUUUUAAUGAUUCUGAUUUUACUGGCUUUCUUACUGUGGAGUAUGGAACAGUCUUAAGUUCAGCUAAUUCCAUAAACUGGGGCCGACUGCUUCCCCAGGUAGUAUAUCAUGCUUCUGCAUAUCUUGAUCUUGUAGGCCAAGGAUUUAUUUCUUUUGGAAGCCCAGUAGAUGUCUGUAUUCCCACAGGAAACUUUGGUAACAUAUUAGCAGCAGUAUAUGCCAAAAUGAUGGGGAUCCCUAUUCGAAAAUUUAUUUGUGCUUCUAAUCAGAACCAUGUUUUGACUGAUUUUAUAAAAACGGGGCAUUAUGACCUACGGCAAAGGAAGUUAAUACAGACCUUUUCUCCAUCAAUAGAUAUUCUCAAGUCUUCCAACUUGGAGCGACAUUUACAUUUGGUGGCCAAUAAAGAUGGGCAGUUAAUGACAAAACUAUUUAAUCAGUUAGAAAAUCAACAUCAUUUUCAAAUAGAAAAGAUUCUGGUUGAGAAACUUCAGCAGGAUUUUGUAGCUGACUGGUGCUCUGAGGGAGAGUGCCUGGCAGCUAUUAACUCCACCUACAAUACUUCAGGGUAUAUUUUGGAUCCACAUACUGCUGUUGCAAAAGUGGUUGCAGACAGAAUGCAAGAUAAAACUUGCCCAGUGAUUGUCUCAUCGACGGCUCAUUACUCAAAGUUUGCACCUGCUGUCAUGCAGGCUUUAAAGAUUAAAAAAAUCAACCAAACUUCAUCAAGUCAGCUUUACUUACUGGGAUCAUAUAACGCAUUACCUCCGCCACACGAGGCUUUACUGGAGAGAACAAAACAGCAAGAGAACAUGGAAUAUCAGGUUUGUGUAGCUGAUACGAAUGUCCUCAAGAGACAUGUGGAAAAAAUAAUCCAAAAUCAAUUCAUAGGAAAGGUUCCUGAGUAAAAUAUUUUUCUCCUGAUACUACGCAUGCAAUAAUAAAUCUCAGAAGUUGAUUUGGAGUACAAAAGCAUUUUUGUUUAUUUUUACAUAAAUGUGUAUAUGUAUGCCUGUUAACUUUUGAAAAUUCAGUGGCCUAAUCUCUGAGGCUGAUCAUUAUAUCUGCACUGUACCUUUCUAGGUCCUUAAUCUAUAAGUGACAAACACUAGCAUAAUGGAUGAGACCUUUGCUGUCGUGCUUUGUGCUUAGAAGAAUUUCAUCAGUUUUUACUGCCUCAGUUUUUACUCCCACUUAUAAGAGCACCAAAAUGGUAUUCAAUUUGGUAAUUAAAAAUAUUUAUAAUUAUUAAAUUCAAUUUUAAAUAAUUACAUUCAAUUUGGUAAUUAAAAAUAUUUAAGCACAGUUGUUAAGUACUACAGCAGGAACCAUUUACUAUUUUCCUAUUGACUAGAAAAUGAAUUUACUGCUCAAAACAACUAAUUUGUAAGGAGGAAGUGGUAAACUAAUCUGUUAAGAUUAGAGUCAAUGUUUUUAACUCUUCAAACUCCAUUUUGAACUACAAUUAAUUAUGUGUUUCCCACAUUGUCCAAAUUAGGUAAGUGUCCUGUCUUUCUCUUGCCUUUGGAUGUGUAUAGUUAGGGUGACAAAGUUUAAAAAUCAAGACAAUAUUUAGGGUUUUUUUUGUACUGGGAAUCAAACUUAAGACCUCAUGCUUGCCAGGCAGGCACUGUGCUGUUGAGCUAUAUCCUUGGCUAAGACAAUAUGUAAAUAUAGGAUAUAACAGUCAGUAGAAGUGCUUAGUGGUGGGUUCAGAAAUAAAACAACCUAUUUCAAGGUGAAAACUUUCCAAAAUAAGAGUAUCUAAAUAAACAUAUAUGUGCAGAAGUUGUAGACAGCACCUCUUGUAUUUGAGGUGCAUUCCUACGUAACUUGUGUAUUAUGAGUCUAUUCAAUGGACAUUUGGUAGUUAAGCUCACACAAACCAAUGUACAUAAUUAAUGUUUCUGUAUAAUAACAAUAGAUUUAAAUGUCAUUUAAUUUGUGAAUUUAGUGGGUGUUUUAUUUCUGAAUUAAAGAUUGUCACUGGCAGGACCCAUUAGUGUAAUAGGCUACUCUCAACCACAAGAUGGCAUUCCUAACAUUAUUUGUCUUUGCUGAUAACAGUCUUGCUUCAUUUCAUGGGAGAGCUACUUCCAUGAAGAAAUAAUUUAAUCAUGAAAAUAAUUUAACCUUAAUGAGCAGGAACAAUUUUUAAAAAAUUUUAAACCAGUCAUGUUAAUGUUAAAUUUCCACCUCAGCUUUUAAUGUUAGUUUGAAAGAAAUGAAAUGGAAAAACAGAAGCAGUUACAAGAAAAUACUGGAAGAUUAAAAGUUGUGAAAAUAUUUAUGUAUUAUUUUAUCAUUUACUUUUAAGGCUAUUUCAGUGGAUGAUACAUCUAGAAAAUGGAUCUAAAUGGGUGGGACUGUGUUUUUUUAAAAAAGGAUUAUUUUUGCUCAGGAAUUACAUUUGAUGAGAGAACACAAAAGUUCAAUCAUGUACAACACAAGAGUUAUUGCAAGAUAGAGUGUAAGUGAAAAGUAAUAAAGCUAAGUGCUGUGAAACUUAAAGGAUUACUAUGGAAUAACCAGAAAAUAUUCCAAAAAGGACAUUGAUCUUUAGGUGAGGCUUGAAAAAUGGAGAGAUUUUCUAGGGUGAAGGAAAGAGGAAAAUGUUUUAUGGAGAUGCCAGAGUAGUAGAGGUGAAAUUCUUGAGUCUGCCUGCAUUUAUUUGUGAUCAGUUCAUUGUCUUCAUUGUCCAAAUGGUCAUUUUAUGUCUUCAUGUUUUCUCAAAGCCAACUCUGGUUUUUCCCUCUCAGCAAAUAACCUUGCUCCAUUGGAGAGGAAUGAGUUACCAUAUCAUCCCUCACUUCCCCUCAUCAAGUGUUUAAAUCUGCACUGUAAGCAUCCUUUCCUCUUUGAUUGGAUUAGGCAGUAGGUCUUUCAAAAGCCUUGCAUCCUGUUCCCUUUAACCAACUCAACUGCAUUAUCUACCUUCUCUCCAGUGUAGCUUUUCCUCUCCAAUGGGUCUUUCCUUUUUGUGACAUUUGGAUACUCUCUUUUCAUAGUUUAGAAAGCAUAAAGAGCCAAAACCUCUCUGAACACCCACAUCUUUCCAUGUCUACUUUUCUUUAUGCUCCAAUCAAGGUUAAACACUAUGAAGACUUGUUCACCUGUAUGUUUUCCUCUUUCUUACUCCAUGUACAACUUAAGGAUGAAUAAUAAAUACCUAAGUGCUCACAACCUUCCGAGUGGUGAAGAAUAGACUCAUUCAGACAGUUGGUUCCUGCUGUGGUUCUUUGACUGCAUUUACUUCUCUCUGCUAGAGAUACCCAUUACUGUAAAUUUUCUACUAAUCAUUUAGUUUUUAGACUCUUAAUUUUAUAUAAAUGGAAUCAUAUUUUAUGUUUCCAUGACCUAUAUCUUUUGCUUAGAAAUUUUAAAAUGAAGUCAGCCAGAUGAGUUAAGCCAUGUUUCAUUGAUUUUAUUAAUGAUAUUUUGUAAGUACCUCAGUGUAUCCAUUUACCAAUUAGUGGGUAUUUAUCUAAUUUUUGUCUGUACUGGUGUCUAAUAGAUAGACUGUUUUGUAAAAUAUGUGUGGCAAGUCAGUGAAUAUGGACUUUCAUUUGUGAUUCUAACAACAUAAGGUUUUCAUAUCUUGACAUUCAAAAUUGUGGAUUUGUGAAUGAACAAACAUCAAUUUUUUAUAAUUUAGCUUUUUGUCUUUGAAAUUAUUUUAUAAUAUUAUAUGUAUUGUAAAUUUUAAGAUUUUUUUAGUAGCAAAUAAGGUUUUAAAGUUAUAUAUUUUGGAAAUCGGAAUGUUCAGAGUAGAAGAGACAGAUUGCUUUGUGUGACACUUUAGAAUUUAAUAGCAGUUCACUUUGAAACAAUUGUGGAUGACAUACACUGUAUCUCCCAAUCCAGUAAAUGACUUACAAAUACUUUGUAAUUUGUACUACUUAAUUAAAAAAGAAAAGAGAAAAAUAAACAGCCAGAGUACACACACAGACUCAAAGUGGCUGUUUUUCAUGUGAGCAUCAAACCCUUGGAAAUAUCAUGCUGCACUGUUUUUGUCCUCAGCCAGGAAUAUAAGUAAAAUGUACAAGGAAAUACUUAUUUGUACGGGUCCUACCUGCGCAUUCCAGCCACUAAAAUCAGUUUUAUCUCUUUGAAACUUUGACUUUAUAAACAAGUAGUCUUCUUAAAAAACAAGGUCUUCUGACUCAAAAAGCAAAGCCAAGAAAGUUGCCAGUGUCAUGGAAAAGGAGCAUCCCAAAGAUAAAAGAACUAUUUUGAUGAGAGCCCAACAAGAAAAAGUUGGGAUUGCUCCCCAUAGAGAGAUGCUUUAGUCAAAUUAGCUGUCUUUGUUUUGUAAAUUGAGAUAUUUUAUCUGUUUCUGAAUUAAGAUUUUUGUCAUCUAAUUGGUACUAAAAAUUGUUUUGAGAAGCCACUCCACUAGAGUCUUACACAGUGGUGGUACAUAAGUCAUCAUUGUAGUCUCUUGAGACUUUCAUGUCCUAUAAAAUGCAGAGUUGUAAAUGACAAACAAUUUACAAACAUUAGGAGAUUUUAUACUUUUAACUUGAUUCAUAGUGGUUUUUUUAGUGAAUGAAUGUAUUUGGUGAAAAUUUCUAGAAUAAAUCAGUUUUAUACCUUGCGAGAAUAAACACUGCUACCUCGUGAGGAUUUUUUGUUUGUUUUAUAAGCAUAUGCUUUAUUACUAUUUUUCAAAAUGGGAACUGUGAGGUGGGUAUUCUGGAGCUCAAGAGAAAUGUCUCUAGGAACCUUUUUGAACAAUUAGAAGAAGUAAAAAAAAAAAAAGAGAAGGAAAGCAAGAAAAGAAACCAAGCUAUUCUUUCUGUUCUUCAGUUAAGGCUCAAAUAUCAAGGUGGGUGUUUAUUUAUUUAUUUAUUUAUUUAUUUAUUUAUUUAUUUAUUUGAGACAGGACCUUGCUGUAUACUGGCUUGAGCUUACUCUGUCCUGUCCUGUCCUGAUGGCAGUCCUGCCUCAGCUUCUUGAGUGCUGGCAUUACAGAUGUGUGCUCUUAUGCCCCUGCUCAGUGCGUUAAUUUUUAAUUGGCUAAUUUUCUUUCAGCUUAAAUUAGGCUUACUUAUAUUCAUGAUGACGUUAAAAUUUAAUUUGUAACUAUCUGUCCACCAAUAUAUGUGUUUUUUUUCCUGAAACUUUGGAAAAACCAAUUACUUGAUGCAUCCUUGGUAGCACAUGCCCCACGUUUGCAAUUCAUGCACACUAUAUCAUUUUUUCCUUCAUUAGUCUCAAAAUUGAAUUGGCUUUUAUUUGUCUUAUCUAAUUUUAGUCCCAGUGUCUGUUAAGAUGCUGUUGAUUGUAAUUGUAGAAAAAUGGGUAAACAAGCUGGUCUUGGGCUCAGAAGUGGAGUUGGGUAGUGGUGGAGUGGGAUUAGCUGCUACUAAAAGAAAGUCUUUGAUCUUCAUAGGCUCAGUGGAUAUAAAAACUGAUAGAUGACCUCUUUUGAGACAGGAAAAUCCAUUUUAAAUUUCUACUAUAGGAAACACAAUAUAGUGUUAAGUGUUUACUGGAAGAUUUUAAUUCUUACACAAAUUGGGUCUUUUCUGGAUAAUUAAUCUGUAUCCUAAUUUUUUUAUAUGCAAUAGAUGAGCAGGACUGACAGUUUGCCCCAUUCUUUGUACAGUGUACAGUUAAGUACUGCUGAUUUUGUUCAUGGUGCUGAGUAGUCAAUCUCCAGAUCUCAUUUGUGAGACUGGAACUAUACCCAUUAAAAAGCUUCCCAUUCCUUGUUGCUCCCAGCUCGACAACCACCAUUGUACUUUCUGUUUCUGUGGGUUUGACAGUUCUAGAUACUUCAUACAAGUAGAAUCUUGGUGUUUACCUUUCUGUGACUGAUUUAAAACCAUAGUGUCUUCUAGGUUCGUACAUGUUAUACCACAUUUGUUUAUCCAUUUAUGGAACUUGGGUUGCUUCCACAUUUUGGUUACAGUGGAUUACACUGCCAUGUACAUAGUUAUGCAAAUACACCCAUACUCUCAAGACCCUGCUUUCAAUUUUCUUGGUUAUAUACCUUAAAUGGAGUUGCUGAGUCAUACUAUAAUUCUAUUAACUUUGAUGAAUUCUUCACAAACUUUCUGCUGAUGAACCAGUGUUAAUUCUACAUUCAUAAGUAAUCUAACAGUUUUAUCUUUCUUUGAAGAUUUUCCUCUUGGAGUCCUCUAUCCUGUUCUAAGGCAUAUUAUAGUAUAAAGUUUCCGACUAUAGUAGGUUUUAGAAGUGCAUGGCCUGAAUUGCAUUUAUUUAAUAUGUAUACAUGUGUAUCUACCUAAUUACAUACAUAUCUAGAGAUAAAUAUAUAACUAGCUCUCUAGAUAUGUAUGCAUACAUACACAAAAUAAAUGAGCAGAUAGUCACAUGUUAGGAAAAGUAUUAGUAAAUCUAAAUAAAAAUUUAAAAAUAAAGGAAAAAUACCAACUAAUAUUUAUCACUGAAGUACAUCAUCAGUUACAACUCUAGGUUGUCUAUGGAUAUAAGAGGCAAAAACUGAUGGAAGCAUUCUCUGAAUAUCAAUUGAUUAUAUAGAAUUUAUAGAAAAAUAUAAUUUAAUAAUGUGUUACACAUUGAUAUCAAUAAAAUUUAUAAUAAA